UGCGGCNGAGCCCGUCCUGCGUGGUUCCUGCUGCGCCUCCUGCUGGCGGCUGCAGGCCUGACGGAGGCUGGCGGCCCGCUGCCGGACCCGGAGCGCGUCGCUGGGAGGCUGGUGUUCUACCAGACGGAGGGCAGCGCCACCUACCUGAGRGACUCGGCAGCGCUGGCCUCAGGGGUUGCCACGGAGACCGUGUUGGAGCUCUUGGGUCCUGAGAGGAACUUCAGCUCGGCCGGGUUCAGCUACACCUGGGACCUGGGGAACGGAGAGGUGAUCCGGGGAACCGAGCCGGUGGUCCGGUACCGAUACUCAGAGUCAGGAAACUACACGCUGCGGCUGAGCGUCGCAGGCAACCCGCCGCUGCUGGCUCCUGCUGGACUCUACGCCCAGGAAGUCCAAGUGCUCGAUGCGGUCAGGAGCAUCCAGUUGGUGGCGCCAUCGGACUACAGCGUGAACCGGAACUCCAGCCUGGACCUGCAGCUGGACGGGAGUCCUCCCAUGUGGGUUUGCUGGCGGUUCCUGAGGAGCUGCGCCCCGGACCCGGCGGCCGGCUGCACGCUGACCCUGCUGCGAGCCGCCAGCCUGCGGUUGAACCACACCUUCGGCUCGGCCGGCCUGCACUGCCUGGACGUCAGACAGCUGAUGACCCGGUUCCAGCUGGGUCCAAACUCACAACCCGUCUGGGAUUUCCCUCCAGAUGCGGUCAGGAGCAUCCAGUUGGUGGCGCCAUCGGACUACAGCGUGAACCGGAACUCCAGCCUGGACCUGCAGCUGGACGGGAGUCCUCCCAUGUGGGUUUGCUGGCGGUUCCUGAGGAGCUGCGCCCCGGACCCGGCGGCCGGCUGCACGCUGACCCUGCUGCGAGCCGCCAGCCUGCGGUUGAACCACACCUUCGGCUCGGCCGGCCUGCACUGCCUGGACGUCAGCGCCCGCAACGCCGUGAGCACGCUGCGGAUGACCUUCAGCCUCAAGGUCACGGGGAACGUUUGUGCAGAUCGGCGCCACCUGCUGUUCAUCCUGAGCUGCGCCACUGUUCUCGCUGCCACCUUCUCCUUCAUCCUGGCCUUCGCCUGUCGCCCUCGGCAACUAAACCGCUCUCAGGUCGCUGCUUCCAGCAGCGCCACGUUUCUGAAGGACCAAGACUCGAAAAUCAUUCUCAUCUUCUCCUCUGUGGAGAAAGGAGAGAGAGUUCCCCUCGUCCUGCAGCCUGGGAGCCAGUACAGCUGCUGAUCGCCGCCCAGCAGCUGUAUGGAGCUGCAUGCUCACCUGUACUCACCUGUGUUUGGGCCUGGAACCUCCUCAGUCAGAACUGCUGCUCACAUCUCCUCCUGAUUGUUUUCUAGAUUUCCACCAGUGACCCUGAGUCACCAGA